AUGUUCUUCAAAGCUGCUGUAGCUUCGAUUCCACUUUUGGGCAGUGCCAUCAACGCAGCCCCUCUCAAUCAACCGCCCUUCAAGCCUUCCGAUCAGAAAGUCUCACCAGCUCGAGGACCGAGCUUCAUCUUCAAUGAGACUUCACCAGCAGUCGACCUGAAGAUUGCAUCGGUAGCCGCGUACGCUUUGCAGGAGACUUACGAUGCGAGCAACUGGUUUUCAAAGUUCACUGUUCAGAAUAUCGCUGAUCCCACUCAUGGAUACGUGAACUACGUUACCCAAGCUACAGCGCAAUCGAAAGGUCUCUACAAGACGCAAAACAAUCAAGUCUACAUUGGAGUCGACUCAACAACCGUCCUGAAUCCGAAUGGCGUUGGGCGUGAUUCCGUGCGUAUUCAGAGUAACCGAGCAUAUACACACGGUUUAAUCAUCGCCGAUUUGGCACACGUUCCAGGCUCCAACUGCGGCAGUUGGCCAGCUUUCUGGAUGGUCGGACCCAACUGGCCUAAUCAGGGCGAGAUUGACAUUUACGAGGGUGUCCACCUGAACACUUACAACCAGAUGACUCUCCACAGCUCCCCCGGCUGUGUACCGGUGUACAAUCAGAACGGAGGCAUGACUGGCACUCACGUAUCCGAAGCAGAUUGUGGCGCUGGUGGCGGUUACAACGGCUGUGGUGUUCAAUCGAACAGCGCCACUUCUUACGGCACCGCCUUCAAUGCUAAUGGUGGCGGGGUCUAUGCCACCCUCUGGACUUCAUCUGGUAUCAAGGUCUGGUACUUUGCUGCUAGAGAUGUGCCAGCGAACAUCAAGUCUGGCAACCCCGAUCCGAACACUUGGGGUACUCCUCAGGCCAACUUCGCUGGCUGCAAUUUCGAUGCCAAGUUCUCCAACAUGAACAUUAUCUUCGAUAUUACCUUCUGCGGUGACUGGGCUGGAGGCGUCUGGGGCUCUACAUCUUGUGCCUCAAUCAACCCCAGCUGCAAUGCCUACGUUGCCCAGCAGCCCCAAUCUUUCGGCGACUCGUAUUGGCUAGUAAACUCUGUCAAGGUUUACAGUGUCUAG